GCUGUGGAGGCCCAGUGACGGCUCCAUCAGGGGAAAUUCAUUCUCCUUCUUAUCCAAACAGCUAUCCUAGUAAUGUGGACUGUUCCUGGGUGAUCAGUGUGGAUCCCAGUCAUCGUGUCCUCUUUAACUUCACUGAUCUAGACAUCGAGUACCAUAGCACCUGUCUCUGGGAUUAUGUAGCUAUUCAUGAUGGUUCAAGUAUAUCGUCUCCUCUGCUCGCCCAAGUUUGUGGCACCAGUGCUCCCCUCGCCAUCACCUCCACAACAAACACCAUCUAUGUUCGCUUCAGGUCUGAUGCCAGUAARAACCACCGGGGCUUCAGUGCUCGAUUUUCUGAGGCUUGUGGCACAACUAUUACAACAGACGAUGUUGGAGGGGCCAUUGCAUCUCCACGAUACCCAUCACCAUAUCCACCAAAUCAGAACUGCAGUUGGAUCAUCAAAGCACAGGAACCAUUCAACCAUGUGACCCUGUCAUUCACUGAUUUUGAGCUGGAGAGGAUAAACGUCAACUGCUCACAUGAUGCUGUGGAGAUCCUGGAUGGAGACAACUACCAAGCACCAUCAGUAGGGCGCUACUGCGGCUAUGAAAUACCUCACCCAGUGACGUCUUUCAGCAACUCGUUGGUGGUCAACUUCAUCUCUGACCACUCCGUCUCCGCAAAAGGCUUCAGAGCCACCUACUCAGCCUCCACUUCCAGUUGCGGUGGAGAUCUGGUGAUGCAGAGCGGUGCGUUUAACAGUCCUAACUUCCCAGAUGCCUACCCACCAAAUAUAGAAUGUGUGUGGACCAUUAGGAGCUCACCUGGAAAUCGGCUACAGCUCUCUUUCAUUACAUUUAACCUCCAGGGAGGCUCAAACUGUCAAAAUGACUACCUGGAAAUCAGAGAAGGCAACUCCACCGGGGCUGUAGUUGGUCGUUUCUGUGGGAACUCGCUCCCCUCCAACUACACUUCUGUUAUUGGUCACAUCCUGUGGGUCAAGUUUGUCUCUGAUGGAUCAAUUAGUGGACCAGGAUUCAGAGCCACCUUCUCACACUUGUAUGGUGUUGAUGUGACGGGAGAAUCUGGUCAGAUUGCAUCCCCGCUGUAUCCAAGGACAUACCCCAAUAACGCCAACUACCACUGGACCAUAACUGUGGAGGGAACAAGCUACGUUCAAAUCCGCUUCCUGGACAUGGACAUAGAGGACCUGUAUGACUGCUACUACGACCAUCUGAAAAUAUUUGAUGGACCAAAUGUUCACCACUACCCACUCGGGACAUUUUGCGGUCUGGCCCUGCCCGGCCCACUUAGAAGCUCGGGAAGCACCGUCACCCUGCAGUUCCAGACAGACUCAGUGGUGGGAGGACGAGGCUUCCUUGUGGAAUGGACCGCUGUGCAGGACUCUGGGCCACCACCGACUAUCACACCAGGUGCAUGUGGUGGACUGCUGAUGACAGGAGAGACUCCAGGUUUCUUCUACUCCCCUGGAUGGCCUGAAUCCUACCCUCCUAACCAAGAGUGCACAUGGCUCAUCCGCUCUCCAAACUCUAUUGUGGAGUUGAACAUCUUGGCCCUGGACAUGGAGGGCUUCCCACCCUGUUAUUUUGACAGCAUCACUGUCAGAGAUGGUCCAUCCAGCCAGGCUCCGGUCCUGGCCAGCGUGUGUGGCCGAGAGCCUCCGAGUUCCCUCCAUUCAUCAGGAGACUCCAUGUUCAUUCACUUCUCUUCAGACAGCUCCAUCAGCGGCCAAGGCUUCAAUGCCUCCUACUCCAAAGGUUGUGGUGGCCUCCUGCAUGUAGACAGAGGUGUGGUGAGCAGUCCUCACUAUCCCCAGAACUACAUGUCUGGUCUAGACUGCAUCUGGCAUGUGAUGGUUACACCAGGCUUCAGAGUUUCUGUGACUUUCUCCAGCCCCUUUCAGAUUCAGGGCUUUGGAACUGCAUGCAGCUCAGGAGACUACCUGGAGCUCAGAAAUGGUCCAGAUGCUUCAUCUCCACCUCUGGGGCAACGUCUAUGUGGUGCAAAUCCUCCACCCAUCCUCCAGACUACAGACAACCACCUUUUUGUGCACUUUGUAUCUGAUGCGAGUAACGAAGCCAGUGGCUUUAAGCUGACUUUUGAAGCCCACAGUCAGG